UGUUUAUCGAUAUGAAAGGAGAUCGACGUCGGGAAAACAAAUAAGAAACUUGAAGUGAACUUUGGCCAAAGUUUAUCGAUAGGAGACUUCGGGGAAAAACCCCUAAAAACUGAAAACAAACUUUGGCCAAUGUUUAUCGAAAGGACAGGUCGGGGAAAAAUCCCGAGAAACUGAAAGCAAACAACAAUGAAUCGGCAAAAUCCCUGACCGACUAUAAAGCAAACGAUCAAGAGUGAAGAGAGCAUUCCAAACUCAGACUGAUUGGAAUCGUAUCGCGCGCGGACACUGGACUGUGGCUGACGAGAUAAAAACUUUUUUUUUCCUUUGCGAGUUCUUUGCGCUACGCCUAGCCGGAUAUGGGAGGUAAUUCUGGAUCAAAAAGCUACAGUCAACCGCGGCAAUAUCCGCCGACAUCUUCAGGCUUUUUGGGAAGAGGACGAAUGACAAAGAAUUACUCGAGGGACGUAAAAAUCUUUGUAAACGAAAUCACUGCGGCCGCUCUUGGAAGAGAGCUCGUAAAAAGGUGCGGAAACGAAGGUCGGCAUCGCUACCUAGACGCGGCUGGCUGCACAACCCUACGAUUUUUACGCGCAGCCAUUACCUUCGUCCCUGAUGCAUUAGAUGAUGGAGCCGACAUGUGUAACGCUGCCUUUAUCCUGUCACAACCAGGACGAGAGUUCCUUAUUCAGUCGGGGAGUGGAGACUGGGAGUAUUACUUCGCAGAAGACCAGUAUGGUGAAAUUUAUGGCCGCAAUGUCCGUAAACCAUUUCUUCGCUACAUGUGGGAUGGUGUCAAGUCAGUUGUUCGUCGUAUUGGUUCUGCUAUUGGAGGCCUGUUCUCCAUCGCUGGGUCGUCUCUUCUCGCUUUGACA